AUGAAUGCCAGUGGUACGUUGAACUUUUUCCGGUUAAUAUGGAAUCCAAGGCUUUGUAUGCCGCAUAUUUGGAUAGCGACGUUUAAUGACUUGCCAGUGCCUAUCAAUGCCAGCAUCAAGGCUGUUGUGUUGGAUAAGGAUAAUUGUUUUGCGUAUCCCGAAGAUAAUAAAGUGUGGCCCGCGUAUCGGGAGAAGUGGGAACAGCUGAAAAGACAGUACCCUGGCAAGAGGCUUCUCAUUGUUAGCAAUACUGCUGGCUCAAACGACGAUAAAGGCUAUAAGGAGGCAGAAAAAUUGGAGGCUAUAACUGGAGUACCUGUUCUGAGGCACGCAACCAAGAAACCCGGAUGCAGAGAUGAAGUGAUACAGUACUUUACCAAGAACGGUGUUGUCAGCAAUCCCUCUGAGAUCGCGGUGGUAGGUGACAGACUGUUUACAGACAUCAUGAUGGCAAACCAAAUGGGGGCUUAUGGAGUUUGGGUCCAAGACGGUGUUAGAAAGUCAACGAGUUCAAUCUCCAGAUUUGAAAAAACCUUGUACAACUAUUUAAAAAUAUAA